UUGACGCAGACGACACCGACACGCCUCUCGUUCCCUCUCACGCUGACAAACACACUAUUAACACGCACACUAACACACUUUUAACAUGCACACAAACACACUUUUAACUCGCACACUAACACACUUUUAACACGCACACAACCAAAAUAAGGACUUUUGAAGAAGACACGCAUCACUUUCGACACUUUUUAAGUCGCCCCCCCCCCAACCAUGAACUCGUCGGGCAGUCGUCCCAGCAGGUGGGGAAGAAACCCUUUCGUCCACAAUUUGAAAUCAAGCUUGGCGGACAAAAUGACGACGGGGUUGAUGUCUGUGACCGGGUUCCCAGCGCGCCUCCUCCUGGUGUCCUUCCUCAUGCUGCUCGGCUGGCCCUUCGCCUUCGUAGCCUCGCUGGGACGCUCCCAGUUUGCGGUGGAGCCGCAGUCGUGGUGGCGACGUCUGGUGGACGUGGCCCUGCGCGUCAUCAUGCGAGCCAUGUGGUUCUGCGCAGGGUUCCAUUGGGUCAAGGUGAAAGGGGAACGGGCGGCGCCCUCCCAGGCCCCCAUCCUCACGGUGGCGCCGCACUCCACCUUCUUUGACGCCAUCCCGGUCACCUCCACCAUGUGCUCCAUCGUCAGCAAACUGGAGGCCCAGAGCAUCCCCGUCUGGGGAACCUUGAUCCAGUACAUCAGACCAGUUCUUGUGUUACGCUCCAGUCCGGACUCCAGGAGGCAAACCGCUGAUGAGAUCAAGAGGAGAGCGCAGUCGGGAGGAGAGUGGCCUCAGAUCAUGAUAUUUCCAGAAGGCACGUGCACCAACAGGUCCAGCCUCAUCUUGUUCAAGGCUGGCGCUUUUUUACCAGGACUCCCAGUGCAACCAGUCGUGCUGCGAUACCCAAACAGACUGGAUACAAUUACAUGGACGUGGCGAGGCCCCAGCGCAUGGAAGAUCCUGUGGCUGACUCUGUGCCAGCCUCACACCGCCAUGGAGGUGGAGUACCUGCCUGUGUAUAACCCGUCUGACCAGGAGAAGGAGAACCCCAGUCUGUUUGCCAAUAAUGUCCGGAAAGUCAUGGCAAAAGCGUUGGAGGUUCCUCUCACAGAUUUGUACUUUGAGGACCGCGAGCUCAGCUUUGCAGAGGGGCCCCUGAAAGUCUACGACCCCAGCAGCCUUUUGGAGCUCAACCACCUGCUGCUCCGCCUCAGGCUCAAGACGACGGAGAGCUGGUUGCAGGAGCAGGUGAGCACAGUCAGGAAGCUGCGCAAACAUCUUCUGACUUUGGAGGACUUUGCCCUCUUCCUCCGUGUGUGUGUGACCGACACACUCCGACAUAUCCACGGCCUCUUUGCCCAGGAAAAGGGCUAUGCGGACAUCCGGCACUUCCUGCUUGCCUUGUCCACCAUUCACAGGCCGUCCAAGGCAAUGGACACCCUCAAGAUGGCCUUUGAGAUGUAUGAUGAUGACUGGGACUGUGACACCACCGCUCAACUCCAGGAGCAUGACCUCGCCGCCAUCCUGGAAAUAAUGUUGGGGGUGAAGGAAGUGGAACUGUCCAUGGUGCUAAAAAAGCUGGGACCACCACAUACGGGCAAAGUCACCUACGAUGAACUUCGGCGUUUGGUGGAGGAGCAUCCUCACUUUGUGGAGGACUACCUGGACUUCAAAGACCACCCCCGCCAUUUCUGUGUGGGCCCACCUGACACCUGCAACGGACACAUGCACCACAAACACAACUGAGUGGAAGCAUUUUCUCAUUCCUAUUGAACUUUCUUCCCUCCUGUUGCCUCAGCAGCCAGGAGGAAGCACCUGUGAACGUGAUAACUGUCACUAUUAACAUCUGCUCUACAAAACUCUUGUACAUUGUUCAGGAGUAGUGGAAGUGCUUAAGGAUAUUUUCUUUCACUAUUGUCUAACAGCGCCAAAUUUGGCUCGGGUGUAGCUCAGGGCAGACUUCAAUGAUUUAGCUAGGGCGGCCGCACCGGUGACCUUUGGGGUCGCCACAGCGGCCAAUCAAAUAUGGCCGCCACUUGUAAUAGCUUGUCCAUCCAUCCAUCCAAUUUCUACCGCUUAUUCCCUUUGGGGUCGCAGGCGCCUAUCUCAGCUACGAUCGGGCGGAAGGCGGAGUACACCCUGGACAAGUCGCCAACCCAGAUAGACAGACAACAUUCACACUCACAUUCACACACUAGGGACCAUUUAGUGUUGCCAAUCAACCUAUCCCCAGGUGCAUGUCUUUGGAAGUGGGAGGGGCCUAUCCCCAGGUACAUGUCUUUGGAAGUGGGAGGGGCCUAUCCCCAGGUGCAUGUUUAUAGAGGUGGGAGGGGCCUAUCCCCAGGUGCAUGUCUUUGGGGGUGGGAGGGGCCUAUCCCCAGGUGCAUGUCUUUGGAAGUGGGAGGAAGCCGGAGUACCCGGAGGGAACCCACGCGUUCACGGGGAGAACAUGCAAACUCCACACAGAAAGAUCCUGAGCCUGGAUUUGAACCCUGACUACUCAGGAUCUUCGUAUUGUGAGGCAGACGCACCAACCCCUCUGCCACCGUGAAGCCCUCCAAUAGCUUGUCUCCAACAUUUGAAACAGAUGAACUACAAAUGUGAACUUGCUGUCUAUUUCAUGUAUUUUGAUAAUUAGAAAUAUGUUGGAAUGCUCAUUUUUAUUCAUGGAAGUGUCUACACCCCUAAUUUGCAUAUUUCCAAGUGUUUUUUUUUGUUAUUCUGAAGACAUUGGAAGUAAGUUGGGCAUUGCUAUGAGUAAAACCUGCUGCAACAUGGCUAUGUUGUCCAUAUGGAAAUUCAAGUGCUCUAAUACAUAAAUGAUCAUAAAUCUGAUCAUUCCGAUAUGUUUCUGAUGCUCAAAAAUAGUUUGCUGCGAUGAUGUGGCUACUUGUCCAGGUUGUACGCCGCCUUCCGCCCGAUUGUAGCUGAGAUAGGCACCAGCGCCCCCCGCGACCCCAAAGGGAAUAAGCGGUAGAAAAUGGAUGGAUGGAUGGAUGGAAAAAUAGUUUGCCAAAAAGUAUCAAAAGUUAAAGGCCUACUGAAAUGAGAUGUUCUUAUUUAAACGGGGAUAGCAGCUCCAUUCUAUGUGUCAUACUUCAUCAUUUCGCGAUAUUGCCAUAUUUUUGCUGGAAGGAUUUAGUAGAGAACAUCGACGAUAAAGUUCGCAACUUUUGGUAGCGAAUAAAAAAGCCUUGCCUUUACCGGAAGUAGCAGACGAUGUGUGUGUGACGUCACGGGUUGUGGAGCUCCUCACAUCUGAACAUUGUUUACAAUCAUGGCCACCAGCAGUAAGAGCAAUUUGGACCGAGAAAGCGACAAUUUCCCCAUUAAUUUGAGCGAGGAUGAAAGAUUUGUGAAUUAGGAUAUUGAGAUUGAAGGAAUAGAAAAAAAAAGCGACGGCAGUGUGAGCGUUUCAGAUGUAAUUAGACACAUUUACUAGGAUAAUUCUGGAAGAUCCCUUAUCUGCUUAUUGUUUUAAUAGUGUUUUAGUGAGAUUUUAAGAUUGUAAAAACAUACCUCGAGGUCGGAUGGCUGCGGUGAACACGAAGUGUCUCAGAGAGAAGCCGAGGAGCCAAGCUCACGGCUGCCUUUUAAACAGCUGCUGCAGGACGACGAAUAAUCCAAUGAUUUCUCCGGUAAGAUAUACCAUAUUUUUCGGCGUAUAAGUCGAUCCGGAGGAUAAGUCGCACCUGCCGAAAAUGCAUAAUAAAGAAAGGAAAAAACAUAUAUAAGUUGCACUGGAGUAUAAGUUGCAUUUUUGGGGGACAUUUAUUUGAUAAAAUCGAACAACAAGAAUAGACAUUCGGAAGGCAAUUUAAAAUAAAUAAAGAAUAGUGAACAACAGGCUGAAUAAGUGUACGUUAUAUGAGGCAUAAAUAACCAACUGAGAAGGUGCCUGCUAUGUUAACCUAACAUAUGAUGGUAAGAGUCAUUCUAAUAACUAUAACAUAGAGAACAUGAUAUACCUUUACCAAACUAUCUGUCACUCCUAAUCGCUAAAUCCCAUGAAAUCUUAUACGUCUAGUCUCUUACGUGAAUGAGCUAAAUAAUAUAAUAUAAUAUAUUUUACAGUAAUGUGUUAACAAUUUCACACAUAAGUCGCUCCUGAGUAUAAGUCGCAAACUAUGAAAAAAACUGCGACUUAUAGUCCGAAAAAUACGGUAUAUCACAAUUUCCCCAUCCAAAAACAUGCUGGUUGACGUAGAGAAAACAUGUUCGCUUGACCGCUCUGUGUUAAAGCUUCACAACAAACAAAGAAACACCGGCUGUGUCUCGGUGCUAAAGUGAGCUGCAAUACACCACUUCCCACCUACAUCUUUCUUCUUUGAUGUCUCCAUUAUUAAAUGAACAAAUUGCAAAAGAUUCAGCAACACAGAUGUCCAAAAUACUGUGUAAUUAUGCCAUUAAAGCAGAUGACUUUUAGUCGCUAGUGGGGGAGCGAUAAUAUUUCCUGACAGUCCGUGAUGUCACGAGUACGCAUCAUCAUUCUGUGACGUUUUCAACAAGAAACUCGCGGGAAAUUUAAAAUUGCAAUUUAGUAAACCAAAAAGGCCGUAUUGGCAUGUGUUGCAAUGUUAAUAUUUCAUCAUUGAUGUAUAAACUAUCAGACUGCGUGGUCGCUAGUAGUGGCUUUCAGUAGGCCUUUAAGGUACACCUCAUUUUUACAUAGCCUCCAUCUUGGAAAUAUGUUAAUGAGGUGUCCAGACACACCCAAUCAUAAAGAUGAUUUUUCCAUCAUAUUUCUAUUUGUCAAAAAACAGGAAAUAGAGACCAAGGUUGGAUUUGUAGCUCAUCUAGCCAAAUCCUUUAAGUAUGCCGUGAGCUACACUUGUGCCAAAUUUGGUGCUUUUAGACAAAAGUGAACAAACACACCCUAAAAUCUCCCUAAGGGCCCCCACUAAGUACCCUGCUCUCCAUUACUCGAUUUUUCACAAUUUCAUUUUCUCUAAUAUUAUUUCUGGUUGGGCUUGACCACCUCCAAGCACUUGUAUUUGCUACAUGCUAAGUGUGACACAUAAGAGAUGCGUGUGGACUGACGCCUGUUCAAUAAAUGAAGCUAGCAAGUACCCGUAACCAAGCAACACCAAAA